AUGCGGGCUCUCCAAUUCUCGCAGAGACUCUCGGAUGUUAUAAACUGCAACAUCAUGUCUGUGGCCCAGAUGACCGCAAUUGUCCUGCCCCAGAUGGUGUCCAGCAAAGGCAUCGUCAUCAACAUCUCUUCAUUUCUUGGCGGGAAACCCAACCCACUUUUCUCCGCGUGGGAGACCCGCUCUCCUUCCUCGCAGGCCUUUGUGCGGAGCUUCUCCCAGGCAGCAGGCGCGGAGUAUUUCUCUCAGGGAGUCCUGGUUCAGACAGUGAACCCCGUCCUGGUCGAAUCAGGUAUGACCGCUAACAUGAAACAUUGAAUGGCUUUAAUGAAUUCUGAAGACUACGCUCGCCAGGCGUUGGACACCCUUGGCCUCACCUCCCAAAUUCCCGGGUGCCUCAGUCACGCUGUGCAGAGUUUCCUGGUGGCUCUCCUCCUGCCCAACUGGCUUUUUCUCAGUCGUUGGGGAGUCAAGCUUUCAUAUCUGUCGACCAGUUCUAUUACAAAAGUAAAGCCCUCUAAUAAAAGGCCUUGA